AUGUCCUCAUCAGUCUUGCUUCCCACAUUCCCCAAACCCAAUGCAACCAACUACAACACUUGGAAACAGGACAUGACUGCCUGGUUCCGUGCUGCUGGUUUGUGGCGCAUUGUUGAUGGGAAGCAAUCUGCACCUGUCCUUGCUUCUCCUGCCACUGGAGCAGAUUUGAUUGCAGAAGACACAUGGUUGAUCAAGGUGGAUCGUGCUGCUGGUGCUUUAGCUCUCUCUGUUGAGGAAGAGCAGUACAUUCACUUUGAUGGUAUUGAUGAUGAUCCUGUCAAGAUGUGGAAGGCUUUGCAAGAUGUGUUUGUCCAAAGACGUUCUGGUACCUGCUUUGAUGCCUAUGACAACCUCUUCUCUAUCCAGAAGAAGGAGAGUGAGUCCUUGCAGUCUCUCAUGAAUCGUGUUGACGAAGCUAUCCACCGUAUCAAGGAGCUUCAUGACAAAGAUUUCACUCUUGCCAAGCUUGAUGAUGAGUUGAACUGCAUGGCACUCAUUUGUGCCCUUCCAGAGGAGUACCAACCUUUUGUCUCCUCACUUCAUCUGAUGAAAAAGCUGGACAAGGAUGCUGUCAAGCUUGCCUUUGUCGCUGAGAAAAGUCAUCAUAAUCACCGUGCUGCUACUGCUGCUGCAGUUGGUACAGCACUUUCUGCCUCUACUUCUUUGCCCUCUCAUCCUGUUCAUUGCACUUUCUGUGGCCAGACUGGUCACGUCAUCAAAAAGUGCUAUGCCUAUGCAGAUGCAUCUGCUAAGGCCAAGGACAGAGCAAAGAACAAGGGCAAAACAAAGGCAAACAAGGCCCAGGAGGUUCCAGAUGACAAGAAGGAAGUUGUUGAAUUUGCUGGAAAUGCAAGUGUUCUUUCAACUUUUGAUCCUUCCAAUCCAUCUACCCCAUUGCAAAUGGAUGCUGACUUUGAUUGGGUUGCAGACACAGGGGCCACUUCUCAUAUGACCUCUCAUCAUCACUGGAUAUGCAAUUAUGCUUCCCUUUGCAUCCCAGUCAAGUUAGCUGACAACAGCAUUAUUUAUUCUGCUGGGGUGGGUACUGUGGUUUUCAACCCAGUUGUAAAUGGAAAGAAGGUUCGAUCUGUAGAAUUAACUCAUGUCUUGCAUGUACCCCAACUCCAAAAUAAUUUAUUGGCCUGUCUCUAUCUCACACGUCACAAGGGCUUUGAUAUUCAUAUUGGCAGAACUCAUAUGAAUUUCAAGCGCAAUGGACAGAUCUUGUUCCAAGCACCCAUUCUGUCCAAUAACAGUGCCCAGUUGAAUGGAGUCACAGAGCCUAUUGAGGAGUCAGCAAUCACAUCUCCACUCUUCUCCUUGAUCUCAAUCUCUGGCAUCGUUGUUUUGCACAUCACAGUUACAAAGAUGUCAAAAAGAUGA